UGACCCGUCAUAGCAAGUGCGCUACAGUAUUACUUUUUUAACGCACUUUUGAUUUAUUAUUAACCAAUUAUUGGAUAAUACCACAUUGAUAUUAUUGUUUGUAACAAUGCCUAGAUGUUUCUUAAACUCUGUAAAACCAGUACAGUUCCGUUUCUUAGAAGAAUAUGGAAAUAAUUUCAUUGAAAAUGAUUUAAAACCAGGACGAACACCAAAAUUAAUAGCUAAAAAACAAAAAACUUUACUAAAAAGCAAUGAAACUGUAUACCACGAUAAAGUUCCUAUUUCCACGCGUUUCUAUCUUCAAUUAUUAAAAAGGAGUCAAUUUCUGCAAACUUUUAUAGAAAAUGAAAGUUACGAUUAUGCAUCUGAAAGUGAAAAGGCUAUCAAUUCAUCGGAAACUAAAAAAAACAAUUGUCAAGUCAAAAAAGAUCUUGAUAAAUCUUCUACUUAUAAUCUGCGAUCAACAGAAUCGAAAGGUGAAAGAAAAAUAUUCACGGAAAGAACACGAGCGCAAAGAAAAUCAAAAAAUUCAGUUACAUCAAAUGAUAUGGAAAAUUUACCAUCGAACGAAUUAAAAGUAAAUGAAGUCAAAAAGAGAUUGAAAAAGGAACCGUUAGCACCAAUCAUAGAGGAAAUUAAGCAUAGAGAAUUUUUAAAAUGCACCAAUCGUGGUGGUACAGAGAUAGAUAAAAUAGCAGAGAAACUAAAAAACUUGGUAAAGACUAACUGUGAUGAGAAGCUGAACAAAGAAUUGCUGUAUUGCAAGGAGUCGUUUGAUGAGACCAGUCUGGAGCCAGGUUUCGAGGAGGAGACAGCUGAAGAAGAUGGUAAAGAUAAAAGUAAAGGUAACGUAGAACCACGCAGUCAUCCUAAGCUGGUAGACUGGACGGAGCGUCGUGUGCGGCCGAGCCACAUCUGUUCGUACUGCGGGAAAGGUUUCGACAGGCCGUGGGUACUGAAGGGACAUUUACGACUCCAUACAGGGGAGAGACCUUUUCCCUGUCCACAUCCAAGUUGCGGCAGGACGUUUUCUGAUAGGUCAAACCUGCGCGCCCAUCAGCGCACGCGCGGCCAUCACUCUUGGGAAUGGCGGUGUUCGGAGUGCGGGAAAGCUUUCAGUCAACGUCGUUAUCUCGAGCGACAUCGCGAUGACGCGUGUCGCAAAUACAAAAUGCAUUCCCGUAACUCGAGUAAAUUCAAUCAAGCUCAUGCCACCAAAUCCGAGGUCAAUGAUCUCUCUGAUGUUACCAUACCGGUACCAUUGUACGGCAUGAUCUGUCAUAACCGCAGUAACCAGCCCAAAUGCAGUCCUGAUGAGUUUACUAAAGAUGUCGGUGAGAGAGGACUCAAUCCUAUCGGAUGUGAUGAACCUAUAGAUCUCUCUAUUGGGAAGAGGAAUGAAUGUAUCGUCUCAAAUGCGUAGUUUAUUAAUUCAAUUUACUAAUCUGUAGUCAUAACCAUAGACUAUAGAUUCAUAAUUUUCUUUUUAAAUUUACAAUUGUUUUUUUUAUUGCAUG